AUGUCGAGUUUAGCAGCACAACGCUUGGCGGAAGAACGCAAAAUGUGGAGAAGGGACCAUCCUUUUGGCUUUAUUGCUACACCAUCUAAGAAUGCUGACGGAACCCUGAAUUUGUAUCAGUGGGAUUGUGCUAUUCCUGGCAAAACUGGUACUAUUUGGGAAGGCGGUCUAUAUACUGUAAGUCUUUUGAUUAUUCGUUUCUGUUUUUAGGAUUUGAAGAUAUUUGAAAAACGUGAAUAUUAAUGCUUGAACUUUCAGCUUCGGAUGACUUUUCGUGAGGAAUAUCCUGCCACUCCACCCAAAUGCAGAUUCGACCCGCCACUGUUUCAUCCCAACGUCUACCCAUCAGGCACAGUGUGUCUGUCAUUGCUGGACGAAAACAAAGACUGGAGGCCGUCUAUUUCGGUAAAACAACUGCUUGUUGGUAUACAAGAAUUGUUGGACAGUCCAAAUCCAGAAGACCCGGCUCAAGCAGACGCUUAUCAAACUUUUAUCCAGAAUAAGUAAGUUUAUUUUGUGGUUUUUGGGAUUAUAUUUGUUUUCAAAGGCAAAUGUUGUCAUUUUAUAGUGCAAAUUUGAAAAAAUGUUUUAAAUUCUAAAUAAUUUGUUUACAAAACGAGAAAUGGCGAAAAAUAUUUUAAAAAAACUGAAAGUUGUUUUCUUUUUAUUGCACGAUUUAAAGUAGCGAGGACUAUGUAAGAAGUUACAUAAUGGUACUGUUUUUGCAGAGAAGAGUACAAGAAGCGAGUCCGAAAGCAAGCCGCCACUUUUGCCCACGACGUCGUUCUUCGCCAGUUUGGAAUGUAA